GUCAAAAUGGCUAAAGGAAAGGUCAUUAUUCCCACAUCUUAUCGACAAACUAAAACAAGAAAACCGUUUUUCAAAUGGGAGCAACCUAGUCCCGAAGAUUUAUCCCACGCUCUGAACUACGUCUUGCUAGUGUCAGUGCCGUUUUUCCUCAUCCUUUUGGGUUUAGAAUUGUACUUGUGGUUAUCAGGAGAUAACCCGAUUUUCUACGAUUGGAGUGCAACAACCAAAGAAAGUACAACAACUUAUCCACCACCGAGAGAAAAAGCAGGAAUUGAUGAGCAAGUUGAAACUAAUAUGCCAAACGAAAUAUUAGCCGCAACGCAUAAUGCGUUAACUAAUGUCACCAUUCCUUCCAAUUUCAGUACCGUUUAGUUCCUAAGAUAGGAUUUAUGUUGUGUUUGAAUAAAAAAAAUUGAAAAGAG